AUGACUGAAACAACAGCAGCUGCAACUCAACCAAAGGCUACCCAAGAAAAGAAGAAGGGAGGUCCAAGAAAGGAUAAGGCUAAACCAAUUUCUCGUUCAUCAAAGGCUGGUUUGCAAUUCCCAGUUGGUCGUAUUCAUCGUCACUUGAAGCAACGUGUUCACUCUGGAUCAAGAGUUUCCGGUACAUCAUCUGUCUAUGUUGCUGCCAUUCUCGAAUACUUGUGUGCAGAAGUUCUCGAACUUGCUGGUAACGCUUCCAAGGACUUGAAGGUCAAGCGUAUUACUCCCAGACACUUGCAAUUGGCUAUUAGAGGUGACGAAGAAUUGGAUAAAUUGAUUAAGGGUACUAUUGCAGGAGGAGGUGUUAUUCCACACAUUCACAAGUCACUCAUUGGUACUGCUCCAACCAAGCCAGCUACAAAGGGAACCAAGACUGCUGCUUCAUCAGCUGCUAAGGAAACUCCAGCUGCUGCUUCUGAGCCACAACAAUCUCAAGCUUACUAA